GGCGGCGGCCGCGCCGCGGAGGCGCCUGCUCAGUGCGGGACGCGCGCGCUCGGGCAUGGCGGCGGCGGCGGCGGCGGCGCCGGGCGGCUCCUCGGGCUCGGCGUCCCCGGCCGUGGCCGAGCUCUGCCAGAACACCCCAGAGACCUUUCUGGAGGCCUCCAAGCUGCUGCUCACCUACGCCGAUAACAUCCUCAGAAACCCUAAUGAUGAAAAAUACAGAUCUAUCCGGAUUGGAAACACAGCUUUUUCUACUAGACUCUUGCCUGUCAGGGGAGCUGUGGAGUGUCUAUUUGAAAUGGGUUUUGAAGAGGGAGAAACACAUCUCAUCUUUCCUAAAAAAGCUUCAGUGGAGCAGUUACAAAAAAUUCGAGACCUGAUUGCCAUAGAGAGAAGCAGCAGGUUGGAUGGGUCAAGUAACAGCCACAAGACAGAAUCCUCUCAGCAGCCUGCCACACUGUCUUCUGGUCCCACAGAGCCAAUCCAGAAUGCGGGGAACCAUCAAGGGCAGCCCUCAAACCCACCAUUGACACCAAUGGUUACUGCUGAUUCAGCUAUUCUAAAAAUUCUUCAGUCUAACAUUGAGCAUGUGCUACUCUAUGAAAAUCUUGCUCUCCAGGAGAAAGCGCUGGCUUGUAUUCCAGUCCAAGAAUUAAAAAGAAAAUCACAAGAAAAGUUAUCUCAAGCUAGAAAAUUGGAUAAAGGUACUAAUCUAAAUGAUGAGGACUUCCUUUUGCUGGAGCUUUUGCACUGGUUUAAGGAGGAGUUUUUUCACUGGGUGAAUAACGUUUCGUGCACUAAAUGUGGUGGGCAGACUAAAUCUAGAGAUGUAACAUUGUUGCCCAAUGAGGAGGAGCUGAAGUGGGACGCAAGAAGAGUAGAAGAUCAUUACUGUGAUGCAUGCCAGUUCAGCAAUAGAUUCCCAAGGUAUAAUAACCCUGAAAAGCUUCUGGAAACAAGAUCUGGACGAUGUGGCGAGUGGGCCAAUUGUUUCACACUGUGUUGCCGAGCUUUAGGGUUUGAAGCUCGCUAUGUUUGGGAUUAUACAGACCAUGUCUGGACUGAAGUCUAUUCCGGCUCGCAGCAGCGGUGGCUGCACUGUGACGCAUGUGAAGAUGUCUGUGACAAGCCACUCCUGUAUGAAGUAGGCUGGGGCAAGAAGCUGUCCUAUGUACUAGCAUUUUCUAAAGACGAGGUAGUCGAUGUCACUUGGCGAUAUUCUUGUAAACAUGCAGAGGUAAUCUCCAGAAGAAAUAAGAUUAAAGAAGACUUACUUCGAGAAACUAUCAAUGGCCUUAAUAAGCAGAGGCAACUGUCUUUAUCAGAAAACAGAAGAAAAGAACUUCUCCAGAGAAUAAUUGUGGAACUUGUGGAAUUUAUAUCUCCCAAAACCCCUAAAGCUGGAGAACUGGGUGGAAGAGUAUCUGGGUCAGUGGCUUGGAGAGUAGCCCGAGGUGAAAUGGGACUACAGAGAAAAGAAGUCCUUUUCAUCCCUUCUGAAAAUGAGAAGAUUUCUAAGCAGCUCCACCUUUGUUAUAAUAUUGUGAAAGAUAGUUAUGUCCGAGUUUCAAAUAACAAUCAGACCAUUUCUGGAUGGGAGAAUGGUGUGUGGAAAAUGGAGUCCAUAUUCAGAAAAGUUGAAACAGACUGGAACAUGGUGUAUUUAGCCCGAAAGGAAGGAUCACCCUCUGCAUAUAUUUCCUGGAAGUUUGAGUCUGGGUCAGUUGGCCUGAAAGUAGAUAGCGUAUCCGUCAGAGCAAGUAGUGAAACCUUCCACACUGGAACAGUUCAGUGGAAACUGCGAUCUGAUGCCACAUGGGUAGACCUGACCGGCGAUAAAAAUCUUCACUCCUAUCAUGAUUUUUCUGGUGCCACUGAAGUUAUUUUGGAGGCAGAAUUAAGCGGAGGAGAUGGUGAUGUUGCUUGGCAACAUACCCAGCUGUUUAGACAAAGCUCAGAUGACCAUGAAGAAAAUUGUUUGGAGAUAAUUAUAAAGUUCAGUGACCUUUAGGAACCUGACUAUUUUAAAAGAGCUGGCAAUAAUCAAGAACUUCCCGUGGCCCACAGAAGUCCGUUGGUUCAGUGCCUGCUUAGUGGGCAAUCUACUGCUAUAUGCCAGCAUAUUUCCUUGGUGGCCGUUCAUCAUGUGACCCUCAUGAAAAUAAUCUUUAUACUGUGGACCAUAAUGAAACCUUGAAUUAAAAAUUACCUUCCAUAUGUGACUGUAAUUUGGAAUAAAGUCUUGUUGCCUUGAUAAAGACUUUAAUCUCAAUGCUAUAAGUAUAGUUUUAAAAGUAAAAUGAUGGUAUUCAUGAUUAAAUGCUGUUUGUGAUUAUGGCAAAAUCAUGGGCUAAUAUAGUAAUCUGAUGUUUUUGAUCAGCCAGUAAUUUCUUUAUAAGUGGUUGAAUUACAUUUUCCUAAGAUUUUUAAUUUUAAUAAAUGUGAAAGUAUAAUAUCUGUUAAGCUAUAUAAUGCAUGGAAAAUUUUAUUGUAAAUAUUUAGGCAUUUAAGAAAUAAAAUGAAUUAUUUUUCCUUA